CCUGGGAACGAGGUUCCUAACAAAUACCUCAGUUUCAAAAUGGCGGCGCGACGGUCGAUUUCGGCCAGUUGACUUUGUUUUUGUUGACAUUAUCGCUGUUUUCGUCAACAAAGGCCAACCAAGUUUAUUGAAAAUACCAAAGGUGUGUGAAGACUAGCCCUCAGCCAUGGCCCCCCAGGUGGACUGGGAUCGCCUGAUGAGGGUGGACCCAGACAGUAUGGGAGAGGAGGAGUCAGACAUGAUGUAUGACAUGUUGUGUAAGGCAGAAGGGUCCGGAGAACUCAACGAGAGCCCAGAGAGACUCAUACAUCUCUUCAAGGUCACACAGGCCAUUAUGAACGAGAAAGCAGAAGAGUCAAAAGUCCUGAUGGAAGAACUGGAGGCAGAUGCUAAAUCAAAACAAGAGAGAGAAGACCAGAUCCAGGCCCUGAAGGAUGAAGUGAAGGAUCUGAAGAGAUAUGGAGGAGGUGGGGGAGGGUCAGCAGCAGACAACACCAGGUUCCUGCGUGAAGAGAUCCGUGAGUUUGAGCGUCAGGUUGAUGAGUUACAGGAACAGGUGAAGGAGCUGGACAGAGAACUCAGCAAGGAGAAAACAGCCAGGGAAAGGAUGGAAACGCGAGCAGAAGAAGCGGAGACGGGGGCGAAGGAGAUCCGUCGCGAGGUAGAACGUCUCCGGGAGGACAACCGUGACUACCAGAACCAGCUGGACUCACAGCGAGAGACCCUCAUGAUGAGGCGCGGUGACGACGUCGAGAAUCGAGACAAGAUGAGGGAGAAGAACAGGCUCAUCGCUGAACAACUGGAGGAGAUUCAGAAUCUGACGGAUGCAAAUGACGAGCUACAGAAACAGGCAGACCAGAUGCGGCGUAACCUGGAGGAGUCUGUGGGAGACAUGGACAGGAUGACGGAGGAGUACAUGAAGAUGAAGAUGCUGGUCCAACAGUCGGACAUCCUCAUGGACCAGAAGAUACGCGAGGCUGACUCUCUACGAGAACAGGUGGCAGACUUGACGACACAGCUGCACGCACGCUCAGAGGAUGAUGACCAGGUGAUGCAGGCACUGGGCACGAAGGUGGAGGAGUGGAAACAGGCGCUGGCAGACAAGGACGCUGAACUGUUCGAGGCUCAGGGCAUGAUCCGUCAGCUGAAGGCUCAGAUCAGGGCAGCUGAGCUGGACUCUGAUAAACAGUCUAUAGCUGCCAUGGCGCAGGCAUUGAAAGAGCGUGACCAGCACAUUGCACAGCUAAAAGAACAGCUGGAGACAGCUGUGUCUGAGAUGGAGACCAACGCUGCCAGGAUGGAGGACCUGGAGAAAGAACAGAGGGGCACCAAAGGGAAACCCUCUUUAGUUCAGCAGAACAGAAUCAAAGACUUGCAGUCCACGCUGACAAAGAAAGACGAAGUAGCCAGGAACGCAGAAGAGCGGAUGGUACAAGCUGAGGAGGACGCCAGGGAGAAGGACAAACAACUGACAGAGGCUCUCACUAGGAUGAGGGAAUAUGAAUUGGGAGAGUAUGGGUUAGCGGAGGCUGUGCAGGAGAUCAAGGCACAUAAAACUCAACUGAAGGUCAGAGAAAGAUCCAUAGAAGAGCUGACUCAGCACAUCAAUAAGAUUGAGCUGGAGAUGAAUGACCUGUGGGAUGAGAAUGAGGACCUGCGGGAGAGGCUGGGACUGGAUCCCAAGGAGCCGCUGGACAUCUCACAGUUCCGCAACAAGAAGAACAUGAGGAAUGAGAGAUACCGUGCAGAGAACCAGGUGUUGAUGAAAGAAGUAGAACGACUAGAAGAAGAAAGGAUAGAGUUGAAGCAGCAGGUGAGAAGACUUGCCCAGGAGAAGGGACACAGGGCUGUUGAGAUGGGCCUUACUGCUAGUGACCUCACAGCCAUUCAGGACUUCAAGGAACAGCUGAAGAGGAAGAACCAGGGAAUCUCGGAGAAGAACCAACUUCUUGGAGAUCCCCAAGUCCAAGAACUGAAGAUUAAGGUCGAACAGCUGGAUAAGGACCAAGAGCAAAAUGAAGAACGUCUUAAACAGGCCAAGACUGAGGUGGCCGAGUUCAAGUCUCGCUGUAAGGAACUGAUGGAAGAAAACAAGCAACUGGAGAAGGGCAUGAAGGAGAUCUUAGACGCCAUCAAGGAGUCUCAGACUGGUCCACAGGAGAAGAAGGAGGUGUAUCUAAGAUGUCCAACCUUGGAGCAUAUGUUAACUGCUCUGGACACCCGUGCCAAAGAGGGGAAGUACGAUUCCUCGCUGCACUUCAAGGCACAGGUGGAUCAGCUGACUGGGAGAAAUGAGGAGCUUCGCUCAGAGCUGAGAGAAGCCAGGAACGAGGCAGCGCAGGCCAAGUCUGCACUGGAGAAAGCUGAAACCAGGGUACAAAAGCUUGAACAGGAGAUCCAGAACUUGCGGGUGUCAGGAGGAAAGGGAGUCAGUAUCCAGCCUCUCCCCCUCCCCGAGGGAAUGGUUCCUUCCAGUGCUGAUGUCAUAGCAACACUCAAUGAGUACCUGGUCCAGAUUCUACAUGAGUUGUCUCAAAAGGAAGAGCUGCUACAGAAGCUGGAGGGUUCCUUGGAAGACUACAGAAGGAAGUACUCUGUCAUGAGACACCAGCAGGGGCUGGUGUAUACUGACUUUAAGGAACAUCGGGAGGAGACCCGUCUGGAGCAGGAGAAACUGCAGGAGGAGAUCAGGAAGGUCUCAGACCUCAGGGAACAGGACGGAGUCAGGAUACAGGAGUAUAAUCGACUGCUAGAGACAAUGGAAAUGGCUCCUGACGAACAGCAGAGACGACUAGCGGAGAUGACACGUAAGAUGACCGUGCUACGUGUCAACGAGAAAUCUCUAACCCGGCGCUACACCACGCUAGAAGAGAUGGAAACCUCCCUACGCAAGGAGAACACACGUCUGAAAAACGACGUUAUCGCCAUGGAGAAAUCUGUAGCAGAGAGGAUCGGAUAUCUACAGAGAUACAAGGAGAUGGCAGCCUUUAAAAUCUCUUCCCUACAGAAAACACUGGACGAGAGUGUGCCGCAGUCUGAGCUAGAACUGGCCAACAAACAGUACACUGAACUCACAGAGAAAUACAGAGACAUGUUGGAGAGAGAGAAUGCUCUUGUUGCGAGAACAGAGCGAGCAGAGAACAUUGAGGAGGAGAACAAGUGUCUGAUGUCAGAGAUGGACACACUGAAGAAAGAACUACAGAUGGAGAAGGAGAAACUUCACACACUGGAACAGGCCAUGGAGCAGUUCACUAAAGCAGGGAUGUUGCCAGGUGACAAGGUCAGUAAGACGGUGACCAAUAAUGAGAUUAUCUCCAUCUCCAAGAGACUAACGAUGCUGGAGAUGAAGGAGCUUAACGAGCGGCAGAGGGCAGAACAUGCUGUCACCAUGCAGACUCAACUCAAAAACACAGUUUCACAGUUAGAACAGCGGAACCUUGAACUUGAGACCAAGUUCGCGGAGCUGACCAGGAUGAACCUGGAGGCACAGCGCGUGGAACGGGAGCUGAGAGACGAGCUGGCUAACUCCGUCACGAAGGCCGCCAGCGACGCAGACAGGAACAAGAUCGCACAAUUUGAGGAGUCCGAGGCCGGUCUGAAAGUGGAGAACUCCAGACUGAAGGAAAUGGCAGAAGUGGGAGCGUCGCAGGCACGAGCCCUGGAGGCCCAGCAGCAGUCCAGGGAGAAGGAGGUGGCAUCGCUACGGCAACAGCUACUGGACAUCCAAUCAGAGAGCGACGAGAAGACAGUCAUAGGUAAGCUCCACCAUCACAUUGUGGCCCUACAAGUCAGCGAGGGAACAGCUGUAAGAAAACUUGAAGACGCCAUGUCCAGGAUCUCUAAGAUUGAAGCCCUGGUGCUGAGACUGGAGCAGAAGUUAGAUGAGAAGGAACAGGCACUGUACCACGCCAAGGUGGAGGGAAGGAACAGGGCAAGACAUCUCAAAACAACCGUACAGGAACUGAGGAGACAGUUCAGCGGUGCAGUCCCUCUGGCCAAACAGGAGAAGUUUGCACAGAACCUGCUCAGACUUCAGGAGGACCAGGUCAAGACACAACAGGAACUCAAACAGGCCCGUGAGGACAGACGUACAGCAGAAGAUAACCUGGCUGGUCUCCAGCUGCAGCACAGGGGUCUGGAGGAGCUCAUCGCUACUCUCAAGGACGGGAGGGGGGCACAGAAGGUCGCCGAGUGGCACGCCAAGAUGGGCGAGAUCAGACUACAGGACCUAAAACUCAACAGGGACGUCACACGGCUCAAGGAACAGGUGACAUUUCUGGAGAACCUAGUAGUACAGCACGAGCGAAGCAUCUCUCUGCUGGAGGAGGAGUCAGUGAUGACAGCCAGGCGACACGAGGAGCGGCAGAUCCAGUGGGAACAGCGCGAGACAGAGCUGGAGCGGCUGGUGGACAGGAUGGAGAGACAGCAGAACCAGGUGCUGGACGCUGCUGUCAAGUUUGAAGAGGCGACGGGGUCCAUGCCAGACCCGACCCUGCCGGUAGCGAACCAGCUGGAACACGCCAUCCACAUUAUCAAACAGCACAUCCGCACUAUCCUGGAGACACGACAGGAGGCUGAGAGACAGAAACAGAAAGCUAGUGAGUUGGAGGACCAGUUGAAACAAGCUGAAGCCAACAUGAUAUCGAGAGACAAGGUCAUCAACGAGUUACGCCUGAGACUCCCGGCGUCAGAAGCACGAGACAGGAUCAUCUCCGAGGCAGGGACACGUGAGGAGGACUACGAGACUAAACAGGCCUUUAAGGCUGCUCAACAGACUAUAUCCAGCCUGCAGGCCAGGCUGGCACAGAAGGAAGAGUCAAUCCAGAAGUACCAGGAGUUACUGAAGCAGCAGAGAGAGUCCCAGCAGGAGGAGUACAGGAGACAUGAGGAGGACAUCAGGUUACUACAGGAUAAACUACAGGACAAGGACGAGAAACUACAUGUCAACUUUAAACAACAGGCACAGGAGAGAAUCAACAAGCCUGGCACAGCCGUCCCCACCAACAGGGACCUACAGAGGCUUCAGCACCUGGAGGAGGAGGUGGCAGAACACCAGAACGCCAUGGCAGCACAGUCUGAGAAACUCAGGGCUGCUCAGAAGGAAACUGAGAGGUGGAAACAGUUGCUACAGCAGAAAACCAGAGAGAUGCAGAAGAAGCUGGACCUCCUGAAGGAAGAGAGAACUGCAGAGGUGAACAAACUGAACCGUGAGCUGGACCAACACAGACAGAGGAUCUCUGACUUACAGAAAGAGUUGGCAGUUCUGCAGUCCGAGCUGGAUGCCCAGAAGGAGGCUAACGCUCGCGCCCCGACCACCACCAUGAAGAACCUGGUGGAGAGACUCAAGAACCAGCUGGCUCUCAAGGAGAAACAACACAAGGCCCUGAGUAAAGCCCUGAUGGAGCUGCGUGCUGACAUGGUGUCCACGGCUCAGGAGAGUGUGAAGGCUCAUGCUGUGGAGGCUGAGAAGGACAUCAAUGUGCAGAAGAUUGUGGACAGGAAAACUAAAGAACUACAGGAGAGGGUUGAGGAGUUACAAGGUCGCUUGGAUGCCCUGAAGAAAGACGUGAAGAAAAGGAAAACCAGGGAGAAUGCUCUGAAUCAGGAGGUCAAUGAAGUUAAAGAGGACUUGGCUAAGAAGGAGGCAGCCUUGAAGAAAGCGAAGGCUGACAGAGACAAGUUAGAGAGUGAGGCAGAGGAACUUAGAGGCAAGAGCAAGAGACUGUCUGUCAAAAACCAGAAAGCUGUUGACCUUGAUGCUAAGCAGACAGAAGUGGAGGAGCUGAAGGCCAAGGUCAAGUCUCUCCAGGACCAGCUACAGAGGGAGAAGGAACGACCGGGCAGACCAGCCACGGCCAGGAGGGACGACAAGAACCCAGCAGAAGAGCUUGCUAAGUGGGAGGAGGGGAAGAAGUGGCAGCGCAGAGUGGACGCUCUCAAACAGAAACUGUCGGAGAAGGACGCAGAGAACGACAAGCUACAGAAACAGGUGUCAACACUGAGAGACAUCAACUCUAGAAUUGACAAAGACCGAGCCACUCUACAGAAGCAGACCCGAGGGAAGGGAGGGGAGCUGUACACCCCCAGGGAUCCUUCCUUGGACCAGCUCAAACAGAAAAACUAUGAGCUAGAAGAUGAGGUUGCCAGCCUGAGAAGACAGCUUGUUGAAAACCCUGACCCUAAACUAGAAGAAGUCAUGAUGCGAAACAGGUAUCUCCAGGGGAGGGUGGAAAGUCUGGAGCGGGACAUGACUGCUAGACGAGCUGCAGAGAUCCCUGGUGUGAGUACAGACAACAGAGGUGAUGAGGAGCUGAGAAGGAGAGUUCUACAGCUGACUGAAGAAAACAUGGAGCUGAAGAUAGAGGCUGAACAGGCCAAGAGAGACGUGCCCAGGCUUAAGGACAGAGUAGAAGACCUGCAGAAGUACAUCGAUGUGUUGAAGCAGGAGAGAAGUGACCUGCAACGUAAGGUAGACGGGAACAGUCGUGGCGGUCUGUCCGGCAGGAGCGGGAAGUCUGUCCCUGAGCUGGAGAAAACCAUCGGGCUGAUGAAGAAGGUGGUGGAGCGCGUGCAGAAGGAGAACGAGGAGCUGAAGAAAGCGCCGGGCGUCGUGUCCAACUCCCGGAUCACCGACCUGGAACUGGAGAACGAUAAACUUAGAGACCAACUUGAGAAGUUGCGUCUGCAGAUGGGUGGAACGUUGAGCAUGCGAUACGAGAGCAGUCAGAAGGGCAUGCAGAAGAUCAUGGCGGACUACGAGAGAUUGCGCAGCGACCUGAAGAAGGAACGUGACGAGUCGGAGAGAGUCAGGCUGGCCAGGAGGAACCUGGAGCUGCAGAAUGAGAAGCUGGGGAAGGAGCUGGAUGAUACCAAACAGAGACUGACCCUAGUGGAGACUAAGGGUCCCCAGUUGGAGGGGAUGGACAGUAAGAGCUGGAAGUCCAUCGUGGUGACCAGGAUGUACGAGAGUAAGAUGAAGGAGAAGGAGGAGGAGAUCAUGAAGAAGAACCAGAUGCUGCAGGAUGUGAAGGUGCUGCUGCGGGAGGCUGCGGAGAGGGAACAGCAGCUGUCCCACGAGCGGGAUGACCUUCAGGAGAAGCUGGACAUCCUGGAGAGGUUCCCUGCAGGGUCGGACAAGGCACCGGACAUCUUCAGGGAACUGCAGCAGACCAGACUAAAAUGUGAGAGACUGGAGAGUGAGAAGGCAGAGUUGGUACAUGACCUACAGGUGAUGAGGAGACAACAGAACCCCAUGGCUGGGGGCAGGGACGAUGUGCACACGGAUGACAUGUUGGAGAAGCUGAGAAAUUAUGACAAGUUGAUGGCAGAGAACGUGGAGCUGAGUACAGAGAUUAAGUCACUCCAGCUGGACAAGGACAAACAGGAGAGGGAGAUAGACAAGCUGAGAGGAGAGCUGGCAAACUUUGACCCGGCAUUCUUUGAGGAGAUAGAGGACCUGAAGUACAACUACCGUGAGGCUGUGAAGAGGAACGUGAUGUACGAGGAACAGCUCCGCAUGCUGAGUCGACAGUUUGGGGUGUCCGUCAACAUUCCUGAGGACAGAUAGCAGUCCUACACUUUCAUUUUCAUGCCAUUCCUUCUUUAUGUUAUAACAUCAAUUCUCAUGAUUCCACUGGGUACCCUAAGACUUCUCAAGAACACAUGAAUAUCUAUCAACAUUGCUGAGGACAGAUAGCAGUCCUACACUUUCAUUUUCAUGCCAUUCCUUCUUUAUGAUUCCACUGGGUACUCAUGAUUCCACUGGGUACCCUAAGACUUCUUAAGAACACCUGAAUAUCUAUCAACAUUCCUGAGGACAGAUAACAGCACUACAGUUUCAUUUUCAUGCCAUUCCUUUUUUAUGCCACACCAAUUUAAUUUGUUGGUUCUCAGAUUUGCCCUGUCCAUUUUUUUCUGAUUUGUCCACAAAAAAAAAAGAUUUUGGGUUCUGAAUCAACUGCAAAAUGUUCAAUGAAAGACACAUUUUGGCCCCAACGGUUGAAGAAAGUCCUUUUCUUCCUAUGUUGUGUGAACCAAGCUUCAGACUAGCUAGUGCAGCCCUUCUUGUCAAAUAAUGAAAGAGUUGUACUUUUGUCAAUAUGUGAUUUUGUAAUGACACUGUGUAUUAUGUGCCAAAGAUGAUGAUUCUUUGUGAACUUUGUAAAGGCCAUAUAUUGUAACAACUAACUUGUUUUUGAUGGUUAAGUAUCAUGCUGCAUUUGUUGAUAGACUGCAGUGAAAGAAAUUUAAAAAAAAGUUGCAAUACGCCUUUAGUACAAGUGUACAUACAUGUAGUUUAUUAUGCUGAGGCAAAAAAAGCGUUUUGAAAAUGUAUUACUCUAUUUUGGGGAGGUGAAUCAAAUACACAUCUGAAAAAAAAAGGAAAGUGUUUUAAAAAUAGAAUCCUUGGUUUAUCCCAAAUUCAGAGACUCAGGACAGUGAACAAGUUAUACAUUGUUAGGUUACCCAAUGUUUAUUUUGAAAAAGAACAAAAUUCUAAAAUGAUAUUUAUAUGUUAUCAAUGGUGUAGGAAAAGCCUUUGUUCUCACAAAUGAGAUUUUAAUGCUUUGUAAAGCAAUAAACCAAUGUAAGGUUGGUGGAAAAGUUGGUCCAGUCCGGCCGGGAUGACUAGACAGUACAGACUUUUCCGCCUUCCAGACUAGGCCACUUUUUAUACCAACCGAAUGUAUGGCUUACAUACUAAUAAAGAGUUUUACUUUUCCUGUUA